UUUUUACAGUCGACCAGACGAUACAUCUUCAUUGCUUAUCCUCCGCGACUACCCCACAACCAACGAUAUCUUCGUGUAUCCGCACCAUUGGCGAUGGGUGUAUACUGUGAAACCGGACGACGGACUCGAACUCACUUUGUUCUUUCUGUUUUUCGGGACCAUAAACCAAUGAAGAAAAGUGAUUACCUGUGA